AUGGAUCGUACGGCAGAACGUGGAUUCCUUGAUACCGUCGAGUACCUCCAUCUAUUCCGUACUGAAGGUUGUUCAACUGAUGCCAUGGAUCAAGCGGCCGCCAAUGGCCAUCUCGACAUUGUCAAGUUUCUACACAAGAAUAGGACUGAGGGCUGUAGGAUCGCAAUGGAGAAUGCUUGUGGCAAUGGACAUAUUGAUAUAGUGCGUUUCCUUCAUGAGAAUCGAACUGAACCUUGCACGACUAGAGCAAUGGACAAUGCGGCAGGAUAUGGCUACAUCAGGAUCGUUCGAUACCUUCAUGAAAAUCGAACAGAAGGCUGCACACAUGCAGCAAUGGACAAUGCAUCUGGUGAUGGUAACUUGGAGUUGGUGAUGUUUCUUCAUCAACAUCGCACAGAGGGAUGCACACAGACGGCCAUGAAUCAGGCAGCCGCCAAUGGACAUCUAAAGGUGGUCCAGUUCCUAGAUGAGAACCGAACAGAAGGUGCCUCGGCCAGAGCUAUCCAUGACGCCGCUGCCAAUGGACAUCUGGCCGUUGUCCAGUAUCUCAUUGCCAACAGAACAGAGGGCAUCGUUUGUUUCGAUGCACUCUCGCCAUCAUUGAUGGAGGACUCGAGGGAGGAUAUGUUGAACUAUCUCAAGUCACAAUUUAGGCAAGGCAAAAUGAGGUGUCAAUGUCGACUGGUUGAUCCUCAACACUGCAACAACGUUUGA